UUUUGAUCCAACUAGCAGUAAUUAGCACCCCGCCAGCCCGUAAUAUAGACUGAGCCGAGCACGGGAUCCCGCUAAAUGUUGUGUCUCCGCCACCGGCGACGCAUCGCCUCCUCCAGUCUUUCAUUCAACGCCAGGUUCGUCGGACAGCCCUUUUACUCAGGCUCUCAAAGCGAACUCAUUAGCUUCUUUAGCAACCUUCUGCUGCAAUGCACUGUAUGUGUCGAGCACAUUAAACAAGUCCACUCCGCAAUCAUAGUUACGGGCUCUUCCAGCUCAGCCUUCUUGGCCUCUAGGCUCAUUUCCGCUUAUUCAGAUUUUGGUCUUAUAUACAAAGCCCGAGAAAUAUAUGAAGCCUCCCCGGUUGAGUGCUUUUCUAACAUGCUCUUUUGGAACUCGAUAUUGAGGGCGAACCAUACUAGUGGGGAUUAUAUAGAAGCUGUAAAUAUAUAUACUAAAAUGCGUGGUUUUGGAGUUUGUCCCGACUCCUUUGGGUUUCCAUUGGUUGUAAGGGCUUGUGCAUUAUCCGAUGAUCAUAGUCUCUGCAAGGUCGUCCAUUGCCACACAAUACAAAUGGGUUUUCAGAAUCACCUUCAUACUGCAAAUGAACUGCUAAACAUGUAUGGAAAGAUCGGGAGAAUGGAUUACGCACAAGCAUUGUUUGAUAGAAUGCCAGAAAGAAACCACCUUUCAUGGAAUAUUAUCAUUUCAGGGUUUUCUCGUAAUUUAGACUCUGAUGGUGCACUUCAGAUGUUUUUGCGGAUGCAAUCUGAUGGUUGGAAGCCGAAUCCUGUAACUUGGACUUCAAUGCUGUCAGGUUUUGCUAAGUGCGGGCACCAUGAAGAUGCAUGUAGGCUGUAUACUCAGAUGAGAAUGGGAGGAGUUAAGAUCACAGCUGAGGCACUUUGCGUUGUUAUAUCAGGCUGCGCUACCAUGAAUGCAAUUGACAAGGGCAAGCUGAUACAAGAACAUGCCAUAAAAGGUGGUUUUGAGAACCAUACGAUCGUAAUAAAUUCUCUAAUCAGUUUUUAUGGGAAACAUGGUGAUGUCAAUGCAGCUGAGCUUCUCUUUUCAGGACUACUUUCUAAGAGUAUAGUUAGCUGGAAUUCUUUAAUAUCUUCCUAUGCAGAAUCUGGUUUAUGUGAUGAGGCAUUUUCCGCACUUUCUCAAUUGGAGAAGCUAGGGGAGCAUUCAAUGGUCAGACCUAAUGUAGUAAGUUGGAGUGUAGUUAUUGGGGCAUUUUCGGCAAAGGAGAGGCACGAGGAGGCCUUGGAGCUCUUUAGGAGAAUGCAAUUUGCCGGGGUGCUGGCCAAUUCCAUUACCAUUUCAAGUGUUUUGUCAGUUUGUGCUGACACAUCUGCGCUGUGUCUGGGUAGAGAAAUCCAUGGCUUUAUUUUUAAGGUUCUAAAAGAUGUAAAUGUAAUGGUAGGAAAUGGACUGAUUAACAUGUAUAUGAAAUGUGGUAGUUUAAAGGAUGGGAACAUAGUGUUUGAGAGAAUGGAACAGACAGAUUUAUGCUCUUGGAACAUGUUGGUAUCUGGAUAUGGAAUGCACGGUCACUGUGAUCAAGCUCUGGAAACCUUUGAUAAGAUGAUUAAAGCUGGAUUUGUACCGGACAAGGUUUCUAUGGUAGCUGUUCUUUCUGCAUGUGGUCAUGCAGGGCUUGUUAGUGAGGGUCGCAAAAUUUUCAAUGAAAUGCGAAAAAAAUUCGGGAUUGAACCAGAGGUGGAGCAUUAUGCUUGUGUGGUGGAUCUUUUGGGCCGUGCUGGAUUGCUUCAGGAGGCUCAUGACUUGGUGCAAAACAUGCCAUUGGAACCCAAUGCUUGUGUUUGGGGUGCACUAUUGAACUCUGGUAGAAUGCAUAAAAACGUGCAUGUUGCAGAAAAGGCCGCUGCUCAACUUCUGGAUCAUGAUUCUGUGAUGACAGGGAGCUUAAUGUUGCUUUGCAACUUAUAUGCUGGCUGCAGUAGAUGGGGCGACUCGGCAAAUGUCAGACUUUCAGUAAAAACAAGGGGCUUAAUGAAAUUUCCUGGACAAAGCUGGGUUGAGGUGAAGAAGAAAGUGUAUAUGUUCUCAGCAGGAAAAUCGAUGCAAACGGGGAUGGAGGAAAUAUAUUCAAUGCUUAAUGUCUUAAGUUAUCAAAUGGAUACAGAAGAUUAUGCGCUACAAUGCAGUUAGCUUCACCAGGCGUGGAGGAACACUUGUCAAUAUUUUCGGAACUUUGAUCAGGUGAGGAGGAAACUCAGAGGAGUUCUUUAUCUCUCAGUCUUGCACACAAUAUGUUUAUGCAUAUUGCAUACUAGCAGAAAACACAAGCAAGAUACUGCAUCAUUAAGCUAUCAAAUUAUAUUAAGCCAAAUUUUUAGAUAUAUAGAGGUUGAUAAUGAUCAGUCAUUUUCCAUAUUUACAUGUUGGUUUUGCAAUAUCAAUUAUGUAAUGGGUAUGGCAAUAACAGAUAUUUCAACUCAUCAACAAAUAUCUCAACUCAUCACUGCUUCAUGAUAUUUUCUAUGCAUGUGCAAAUAAUCUCCGAUGCUGGCAGUUUUGGAAUUUUCAUAUCAUUAUUCCAUCUUAAGAGGGUUGCAACAAGAAGGACAUCCGGUGUAAAACAUUGACAUUCAGUUAUUUUUUGUAUGAAUUUAUAGUAUUUACCACUACCUCCGUCCCAAAAAGCUUCACCAUUUCUAAAGCUUUGAUCAACUGUAUAUUUUUAUUGGAAAUUAUUUAUAAUAUAAAAAUGAUAUGAAAAUGUUCUUUGUUAAAAGCACUUUCAUAAAAAUAUAAAAUUUAUAACAUCCAUAAUAUUAUACUAAUCACAAUCAUGUCCCAAAUUUUAUGAAAUGACAACGUUUUUUGGGACGGAGGUAGUACAAAGUAAUUUUAUACCGGUAUUUAUCACUAUAAUCUAAUGGCAUCGACCAACUAGUUGGAUUAAGGUGCUCGUAAUGACAAUACAGAUAAAUGGGUUUGAAAAAUAAGGAAAUAAAAAUAAGUGAUAUCAGUAUGAGUAACUAUGAAUGCGUCAUUGGCACAUUGCUAAAUAAAACUCAAAAUGUAUUUUUCUUUUGACACACUUUUUCCCUUUUUUCAUAUUCCUAUCACACCCCUUUUUAUCUCAUCUCAUUUUCGUCUUCCCCUUUGGUGCUACUCUUUUUCCAUCCUUCAUCUGUUCUCUUUCUCAUCUUCAACGUCAAGAGUUGAUGUGAAAUGCCAAUUCUAGUGCAUGCUUACUUGCCGUUGCUUCUCAAGUCUUCUACUUUUCACCUAUUUCUCCGGAUGUGCUUGAAUUGCUGAAGGCUGAAGCCAUACCCAGCACCUGAACUCACUAGAACAUUUAAAGGUAAGAUUUUUCUUCAUCAGGUUUCUCCAUUUCAUUAAGUGUCCAUCUGGGUAUAUUAUGGUUCUAAAAUAUAGUCAUUUAGGGGGCCUUGUACUUGUUUAAUGACAAAUCAUCUGAUAGGAAUCUAGACAAUAAUACUAAUAGAAUAUUAGAAUAGUAUUAAGUAAUGUAUAAGUGAGGAUUAUGGGCCAUUUAGUAUAUCUGGAGUAUUGGGCCUAUUAUGGUAGCUUAACAAGUGGGCUAGUACUAUAAAUAAAAAGGGAUGGAAGGCAAUUGGGGCAGGCAAGUAUUCUGUUGGGAAUAGGCUGGGAGACUGGGCAUCUCGAAUUGUCCAAGGCUACUGUAUUCCUCUUUGUUCUGUUCAUCAUGGAUAAUAAGAAUUUCCGAUCCUUUCUUCUUUAUUUCCUAUUGAUUUUAUACUGUUUUGAGCUAGCAAUUACCACUGAUCUAUCAUUGGUAUUAGAGCAUCACUGCUCCUGGAGAUCGGAAUUGGAGUGCGACUUCAGAUAAACUCUCAUUCUGUGGUGGAUGGUUAGAACCAGAGCCAACAUGGAGAUGCGCAUGGAUGCGAUGGAUCAGAAACUACAGGAGGUACAAUCGGCGAUGGAGAACUUGUCGACGAACAUGGCGGCUUCUAUUGCCGCGUUGAGUGAGCAGCUCCGGUCCAGAGAACGAUCGCGAUCGCAACCUCGUCACCUCACACCUACGACAUCGGGAGGUAAUCCGCAUCACUUGUAUCACAGAAGACCUGAGGAUAACCAUCAAUUUCCAGUACAUACGGGUAGAAAACUUGAUUUACCUGUAUUUAAUGGGGAUGGGGCGUAUAACUGGCUUGUGCGAAUGGAGAGGUAUUUCCGCCUAAAUCAGAUUAGUGAAGAAGACCAGGUGGAAGCUGCAGUUGUCGCAAUGGAGGACCGAGCUCUAAACUGGUUCAUUUGGUGGGAGCACCAAACUGAAUUGGACGAGUUGGAAGAAUUUGAAGAAUGCUAUCAUACACAGAUUUCAGCCAGACCUAAUUCAGAAUCCAUAUGGGCCUAUGCUAAGCUUGAAACAGACUGGAAGUGUGCAGAAGUUCAGAGAUGAAUUUGAAAUGGUGAUAGCUCCACAAAUUAAUGUUGAUAUGGAGAUUUUGAGAGGAAUCUUCCUGAAUGGCUUACAGACUGAAAUCAAAGCUGAACUUAAGCUGCAUAACUCCAGUUCAUUGAAUGAGAUUAUGGACAGAGCUCUACUGAUUGAAAGUAGAAAUGAGGCUAUAUAUCUGAAGGGUAAAGGUGAAGAGAAAGUUGCUGGGAGAGAUAAGGGACCUAUUGCUUAUAAACCGGCAGUUUGGGGAGAAGGAUACAAGUCUCAAUCUGGUAAUUCAUGGCCUAGUACAAGUGGGAAGAAUGCUGCAGAAAACAAGAGUAACCCGUCUUGGUUUACUCCUGAGGGAAAGAAGGAGACAGAAAUAAAGCCCUCAGACAUCAGGAGGGUGGGGCCACAACUGUCACAGGAAGAAUAUCUGGACAGGAGCAGGAAGGGACUUCGUUUUAAGUGUGGAGAAAAAUGGAGCAAAGAACAUACCUGCAAAUUAAAGAAUUACAAACUCAUACUGGUGGAAGAUUCUGAUAAUGAGGAGGAAGUAGAAGGUGCAGAGGUGGAAAUUGCAGCUGAAGGAACUACCAUGGAAUUUAAGGAUGGGAACAUUCUCUUCUGAGUAAGGAAGGGAUACCUUCUCUGAGGACUUUCAAGGUCAAAGGGAGUAGAAUGGGCUGAAGGGAAGGUAGAGGUGAAAGUACUCAUUGAUAGUGGGGCCACCCACAAUUUUAUAUCACAAAGGUUGGUGGAUCAAUUGUGACUAAGCUUACACACCAUUACUGGAUACAUGGUUCAGAUUGGUAACAGAGAGGAGAUUAUCAAAAAUGGCAGAUGUGAGGAUCUACCGUUAGGUUUACAAGAUACCAAAAUAAAUCAGCACUUUUAUGUUUUGGAUCUGGGAGGUACAGACUUGGUGCUUUGAAUGGAGUGGCUGACUACUUUGGGUGAUGCGGAAAUAAACUUUCAGAAACAAAGUAUAAAAUGGAAGAUUCAGGGGUUAGAUCAGCAGAUUCAAGGGGACCCAUACUUGAACUCCAUGGAGAUAUCACUCAAAACCAUGACUCAGAUUCUGCAGGACACUGAUGUUGGUUAUUUUAUGUUUGGUGAAGGACAAUCUGUGAAGGUAAAGGGUGUUGCUUGUGCUGGAAGUCAGGAUAAAGCUCUGGGGUUUGACAACACUGAAAUAAUUCUGGGGGCUUUGACAAAAUCCGGGGUGCAGUAUGAUCCACAGUAUAUUGCAAUUGAAGAGUCCAUGUUCACUCAAUUUGAUGCCAAGUUGGGGGUGACAGUAAAGGAAAGUGCAGUAAAGCUGGGGAAGCAAACCUUGAAAACUGGUUUUGAAGCUUACCAACUAUGGAAGUUUUACCUUGAAGAUAGGAAUUCCUGUUCCAUAUUGAAGAUAACACCUGCUGAAAUGUUUGUGAUAUCAAAAGAAUUGGUAUUGAAGUUCUUAGUCCCGCUAUCAAUCAAGUAUUGGGAAGGGGGAAGUGCAAGAAUGAAGUGCAAGUGGAAGAUCAUGGCUGACUCCUAUCACCCACCUUGAGGGCAAGGUGGUUGUUUAGGGGGGAGUAUUGAUAGGAAUCUAGACAAUAAUACUAAUAAGAAUAUUAGAAUAGUACUACCUCCGUUUCCCUAUGUUUGGGACAAGAGAAGGUGGCACAAUUAUUAAUAAAGGUGGGUUUAUGUGGUUGAUAUUGAAUUUAUAAAGUAAGAAUAAAGUAGGAAUGAUUUAGAACCACACAAACUUUACCAAAUAAGGUAUGGGACAAUCUUAGUGGGAUGGACCGAAAUUGUAAAAUGGGACAAUCAUAGCGGGACGGAAGGGGUAUUAAAUAAUGUAUAAGUGAGGAUUAUGGGCCAUUUAGUAUAUCUGGAGUAUUGGGCCUAUUAUGGUAGCUUAAUAAGUGGGCUAGUACUAUAAAUAGAAAGGGAUGGAAGGCAAGUAUUCUGUUAGGAAUAGGCUGGGAGACUGGGUAUCUCGAAUCGUCCAAGGCUACUGUAUUCCUCUUUGUUCUGUUCAUCAUCGAUAAUAAGAAUUUCCGAUCCUCUCUUCUUUAUUUCCUAUUGAUUUUAUACUGUUUUGAGCUAGCAAUUACCACUGAUCUAUCAUCAUCAUUCAAGAGGGUAUUUUCACUCUGCUGAAAAUGCAUAUUUACCAGGACUUGAUUUGGGUUGCCAACCCUAAAGUCUUUUGGACUAAGGCAGUAAGGCUUGGAUGUUGUUGUAUCAGGACAUGAUUUAGGUUAAUGGAGAUGAUGUACAAGUUCUUUUUUACUCGUUAAUGGCUAACAAAGGAAGCUAAGAAUAAUGCUCAGCCUAUAGUAGGUAAUUUGGAGGUCUUAUUUUUCUACCAUAUUAAGGGGGGUGUAUUUAAUUGGGACAUUUGUAGACAUUUUAGGAUUUGUGAAAUCUCACGUAGGAUUUAUACUUGUAUUUGGGCUUAUGAGUCUAGGUAAGUCCAGAUUGAAACAAGAAUCCAAGUCCUUAUGUCCAAUAUAAAUACACCUAGACAUCUUAGGAUUUAUAAAAUGUCUUAGAAUGUCUCAAUUAAAGAAAAGCGAAGACGACUGGGAAUUCAAGAACUGCAUCUCUAGGGUUGAGGUAAUUAUUUCUUCACUAUCUUGUUGAUUACCGUUUUUUCUUGUUCUGCAAAAGUUCUACUAAAGUAUACCUGCGGUUGGCUUUUUCGUAGUGGUAAAUCUUCUAGCGGUAGGGUAGAUGUUGGUGGAAGCCAUUGCUUUUGGUCCGAUAGUGACCAUGUGUCGAGCCUUUGGCUGGAACUGAUAAGUGAGAAUAAGCUAUUGGUUUAGAUAGUAAACAUACCGUAAACACAAUCUGCAAACGUUCUUUUCAAGUAUUCAUAAGUGAAAAUAAGCAAAGCAAAAUACGGAAAUAAGCCUCAAGUCCUUAUUAGAUGACAAUUGACAAUAUGUGCAGUAGUAAUGUUUGCUUAUUUUCACUUGGAAAUAAGCAAAAACGUAGCUUUUGCUGGAACUGAUUUUGGAGGCUAUAGCUAUUAAUGUUUGUUCAAUUGAUUAACAAGAUCAAUUAAAAGUUGAGAUAUGUGUUUUUACUCUUAUUAAUUAGUUGAGCUAUGGAUAAUCAACUACGUAAUAGACUAAUAGCUAUGGAAUGCCUUCAUAGUUGAGCUAAAGCUGCGUUCAAUUGAUCAAUAUAUAACUUGUGUUAUUUUUAUGUUUGUGCAUCCAAAUACAUUGUUUUGUUUAGACCAGUUAACAUGGGAGAUUCGGGAUAUCGAAAUUGGACCAAUGAAGAAAGCAAUGAACUACUGCGGCUAAUGGUUGAUGCUGCCAACCGAAAUUGGCGUGAUCGCUCCGGCAAAAUUAACAAGUCAACGGUGGAGCAGCACAUACUAAAGCCUCUUAACGACAACCUUGGAAUCGACAUGACUUACAAACAAUAUAAUAGUCGUGAGAAAUACUUCAAGAGGUUGUAUUGCAAGUACAGUAAUCUCAUGCAGCACAAUUCUGGCUUUGGAUGGGAUCAUAAUUCCAAGUUUUUCACUGCAUCUGAAGAAGUGUGGGACAACUAUUUUAAGGUGAACUCUAUUUAUUAUGACAUAAUACAUACAUCAUAUUUAAACACAUAUUGUUUUUUAUACCUAAUCAAAUAAAUUUGUAACUUCUUUUCCUAGUCCCAUCAAAAAGACUCAAGCUUAAGAACAGAAUCGCAUCCUGAUUAUGAAGAUCUGAGAAUUGCCGUGGGUAAUGGCACUGCUAGAGGUGCACAUUCCAUUGCAGUAGGUGACAAACUGACAAUACAAUAGAAGACUUGACAGAAACUCGUAGUACAUUGGAUGGAUUAACAUAUGAUCCCCUCAAUGAUGCAUUUGUCCGUUCAAGUGCACAACAUUCUUCUCCACCCUCUCCUGAGAUUCAAUCUGCACCGCAAUCUGCUCAACAGCCCCGCCCAGAGUUCAUGGAAAAGCUCACAGAAAAUGUGGACAGGUUUGCCCGUGUUAUAGAAUCAGUCGACACAAAAGAGUACAAUUGCUGGGAUAUGAUAAAGGAGAUCCCGAGUUUGUGUGCUGAUGAUCGCUUCAGAGCUCUUGAUUUGCUUAAUACGAAAGCAAAAAAAGCUGAAUUCGUUAACAUGGCUGCAGAAGAUUGUGCAGAAUGGAUAUCAUAUAAAUUGAAAUGAUAUGUAUCCAGGAUUAGGAUUUUUGCCCAGAACCUUGUUCCCAUUUUGAGUAUUUGGGAUUAUUUGUAUGUUUAUUUCUUGAACAUUACUAUUUCUCAAUGUUUUUG